AAGCAGAGAUCGACUUCCAGAGAUCGACUCGCAAUGCGUCUGCUCCUCGCAUGGAUCCUAUGGAAGCUGUGCUGGGCGGGCCCGGGCUUCGCGGAGUUCCAGGUUCCGCACCUGAGCUUCCCCGAGUCCAGCAGUAUCGUGGCGGUGCCUGUGCUGCGCUCGGGGGGCCGCGACGGCACCUUGGAGGCAUGGGUGCGUGUCAACACAACCGCCACCUCCAAGGAAGCAUCCGAGUACCGGUUCCAGGACCAGUUGCUGAGGUGGGAGGACCAAGAUAGCUGGCCCAGGGCUGUAACGCUGGAGCUCAUCGAUGAUAACAUCUCCGAGACCAGCGUCGAGGUCUUGGUGCUGAGUCUGGACAACAGCUCUGGCAUUAGAGACUUGGAAGUGGUCGUUGGCCCUGACGUGGACGGAGGGAUCAUCUCUUUCACCCACGGUACCGAAAACCUCCGAGAAACUACGCCGAUGCUUCCUGAAGGCCCGAAGCCUCACUGCCUCAUCUACGCGGAGCGCAUCCUCCAAAGCCACGGCGUGGCCACGCUGUGGCUGCAGGGCUGCGACUCCGAUUUCCGGGUCGAGGCCAGCAAGGGCAUCGAUUACAGCCUACUGAACGCCAGUGAGCCAGUGGUGUGGCAGAAUGGCGAGGUCGACAGGCGGUGCAUCCUGCAGUCCGUGGAUAGCACAUUGCAGGACCUGAACCGCUCUAUGCAGAACCUGCCCCCGUGGCAGAAUGGCAUACGCAUCUGGCAGGAUGCGGAUGUUGAGUUGGACGAGGUCCUUUGUUUUGGUUUUAUUUCCACGGGUGCAACGCUGGCAACCAGACGGGUGGAGUUUCGACUGGCAGAUGCCGGAACCGACGGGGCCGGCAUCGCCGUUUGCACGCAGGGCGAGGCCUGCUUGGUGAACCUUACGGGCCUCCACGUGGGAAGGAGUGAUCGGAUCAUCACUACGAGGAAUUGUACCUGGUUUGCCUGUGCUGCGAAUAUGUAUGCUGAUUAUGAGCUGGCAACGGAUGAGAACAAUACAAUCUACGUUCCGGCCGCCGACCUCAUGUACCAUGACACAGGGGCGUGGUAUACCUGCCGCUGCUUUGACGUGUUGCAGGAGGCUCAAGCCGUGCUGAAGGUGGAUCUCCAAGGGCCCUUCCGCGACAACUUCUGGGCCUGCGUCCUGGGCUGGCCCGGCUGCCACGGGCGUCUGACCAGCUCCGGGGACAAAGCCCUGCAGCACGUGCGCGUCCUGCAGAGCUGCCCCAAGCUGGGCAUGAACGCGACAUCGGACUUCAGGGAUCUCGGCGUCACAGCGCGCUACAACUCCAGCACCGAUUUGUUUGACCUCGUGGAUGUGCAGACAGUGACCAAGACGGACCCUGGCUUAUACGAGCUGUGCUGGUGCCAGGAGAACCCGGACACAGGACGGAACUGCUCUGACGUCUUCGAGUUCAUUGUGGUUGCAGGUAGGCUCCAAGUGAAUGGCCCGUACCGGCUGGCGGAACAGACCUUUGACGUGAACACCGCCCUGAAGGUGAGCCUCAAGGGCACUGAGUUGACCAGCCAAGACGUCCUGUGGCUCUCGGAAUUCCCCGACUGCGAGGGCGGCCGUCGAAUGCACACAGACUCCGGGUACAUCUUCCGAAUGGAUGCUGCAGAGAACUCCGUGUCUGGGGAGCAAACAGUCUGCUGGUGCCGACCUGGAGAUCAAAGCAGUUGCACGGACAAGGAACACUUCCAGGAGAUUGGCAAGAUCAUCGUCAAGUGCGUCGGUGACUUCGUGAACUUCCAGGGCAAGUGCGUGAUGUGCCACUUCCCUUGGGACGUGCCGCGCGCCGACGGCGAGGAGUGCGAGAUCGACGGUCUGCGAGCAGCGGGCCUGACUGUGAUGUCCAUCUUUCUCACUAUCUCCUUUGUCUUGGCCUUGUUCCAGGUCGAAGUGUCCAAGGCACCGCCGUUCUUCAGCAUGCGGCGCAUUCACAUCGAGGACGUCUCCGUGGAAGGCCAGGAUGAGAGGCUUGUGAUGCAGAGUCUGGGGCCGCAUCACCUGUGGGUUGGCGCGAGCUUUGACGUGAAGCUUCACGGCACCAACCACUUCCUGCUUGAUGGUAAAACCCGGAGGGCCACGGUCUUGGACCGGUUCCGCCUGGAGCUCACGGACGAGUCGGGUCGCUUCUUUGUGGCCGACGCCUCUCUGGGUCACUUCACGCUGAGCCCUUGGGGGACCUUCUGGUAUGGCCAGAUCCUCUACUGCAUUCCGCUGCUCGCUAUGGUGAUUUUUCCUUUUGCCGCUGGUGCUGGCAUCAGUCAAGUUGCGCAGACGCGCAUGGCGAUGUCUACGACCAUCGUUGCCAGCGAGUUCGUCUUGGCGAUAUUGAUCUGCGGCAUAUCGAAGUCGCGCACGCGCUUGUCCUCCCUCUCAUUGCGGGUGAGGCAAUACAACGCGAUGCUGGACGAGCAGAACCCCAAUCCCAGCGCCUGCCCGCGGGGCGGCAGCCGCGCCGUGACUGCGCUGCGGCUCUUCGAACUCUACGACUUCUUCGAGGCCUCCAUCAAGUCGCGGAGCAUGUACUACAUCGACCCAAACAUCGUGCGGCCAGUGACCAAGCGGCACCGCCUGAGCUUCGCGGAGCGCGUGGGCCCACAGCAGGUCCACUACUUCAUCAGCCACUGGUGGGGCACCCCCUUCCGCGACUUCUGCUCCUCUGUGCGCCGCCACGCCAUCCGCAUGGCUGGCACCGACGAGGAGGAGACCUGGAAAGCCAUCGCGUACUGGAUCUGCACCUUCAGCAACAAUCAGUACCGCAUCGAGGAGGAGCUGGGCGCUACUCAUCAACAGUCAUCUUUCUACCUCGCCUUGCACAGCGGGGUUUGCAAGGGCACCGCCAUGAUCAUGGACGAGAACGCGUCGCUGCUGAAGCGGUCCUGGUGCCUCUUUGAGCUCCUGCAGACAGUGAGGCUGGAGCGAGAACAGCCUGGUUUCCACCUCUGGUUCUGCACGCCCACAGGCGUGCUGAAUUACGGGCAUGCGACGGUCGAACUGGCCAUGAACAUCGGGCGCAUCAUCAAAGAUCUGAGCCUGGAGCAAGCGACGGCCACGAGCCAGGCUGACAAAGACAUGAUCGAGAAGCUGGUGCUCGAGGAGAUGGGAAGCUUUCGCAACAUCGACCAGAUACUUCGGGAUCACCUGGCCGAAGCCCUCAGGAAGUGCCAGACGGAGGUGAAUAGCAACUUCGAGGGCCUCUUCACCGACCUGCGAGGUAAGAAUGAAGUCAUCCUGGAGAUGGCAGACAUGGCUGAGGGAACGCUGACAAAGAUUUGAGCAGCACGCAGUCGAAUUCGACGAGAGCUGGUGCUUUGCCGUCCAGACCUCCGGAGCUUUCUCCAAAAUCGCCCAUAAACCCAUGGCUGGGGGUCUUCGACUGUUCCACUUGUCGAAGCCCUAGAUUCAUCGCCCGAUCUUUGGCUUCGCUUCUUCCCCGUGC